AUGGGGAGGGCACCUUGUUGCGAGAAGGAGGGGCUGAGGAGGGGCACGUGGAGCCCCGAGGAGGACCAGGUGCUCGCCGACUACAUCGCCCAGCACGGCCACCCCAACUGGCGCGCCCUUCCCAGGCACGCCGGGCUGCUGCGGUGCGGGAAGAGCUGCCGGCUGCGGUGGAUCAACUACCUCCGGCCGGACAUCAAGCGGGGCAACUUCACCGCCGACGAGGAGGACCGCAUCAUCCGCCUCCAUCAGUCCCUCGGCAACAGGUGGUCCGCGAUUGCCGCGCAGCUGCCGGGACGCACUGACAACGAGAUCAAGAACGUCUGGCACACAAACCUCAAGAAGAGGGUGGAGGACGACCAGAAGGGCACCGCAGCCAAAGGUGGCGAGGGCCGGCAGAAGUCACGCAAGCAGGCCAAGGCUAAGAGCGCUACUGCCGAUGGCGAGGUCAAGCAUGAGCAGCUCACGGCGUCGCCGGAGCGGUCGAGCAGCAGCAUGACCUGCUCCACGGUGACCGUGACUGAUUCAGCGGCGGCAUCAUCCUCGCCGGCCGACAACGCGGCCAACACAAGCGCAAGCAACGGUCACGAGCUUGUCAAGGAGGUCAGCUCGGCGGUGGUCAUCGACGACAGCUUCUGGUCGUCGACAGACCUGGCAGAGGUGAUGGACCUCGGCGCCUUGGACACGGAUCUGAGCCUGAAGAUGAGCUCGAGAAACGAGGACAUGGAGUUCUGGCUCAAUAUACUGCACGAGGCCGGAGAGAUGAGGGACUUGGCCAUCUUGUAACAAUGGGAAAGCAAGCUUAGUUAUCUACCUGGGAGAUUAGACUGUUCUCUGUUUUGUUCUCCCUUUUUUUACUCCCCAUCUUCCUGGAGAAAAUGCUGGGAAAUUGAGGUGACUUCACCUUCUUUAGAAGAUAAAAAAUG